AUGGCCGUCAGCGACCUACGCCGACGACUCAGGCAGCCUCCUUCGCCCGAGAUGCGCACAUGCGCAGACGGGAUUGUUUGCAGCAAAAUCAGGCGCCCGGGUCGGCGAAUCAGGGUGAGACUAAAUGAGCCAUGGAGUCAGUGGAGUGAGCCGAGCAGCAGCAGUGGUAGCGAGGCCGCAAAAGCAAUGGCCGAGUCGGUCGGCGAAGGUGACGGUGGCGGUGGGAGCUGGUUCCCCGCGCCUCCACCGCCCAUUUACGUGUGCACCCUGAGCCCCGAACUGGUGGCCAAGGCGCGGGAGGAGCUCCAGGAGAAACCCGAGUGGCGUCUUCGGGAUGCGCAAGCCCUGCGAGAUAUGAUCCUCAAGGAGCAGCCGGAUCUGCGGACGCGUCUGGACGACGCCUUCCUCCUGCGCUUCCUGCGGGCAAGGAAGUUCGACUACGACCGGGCCUUGCGCCUCUUGCUCAACUACCACGCGGGACGGAAGGCCUGGCCCCAGGUCUUCCAGGGCCUCAGGCCGUCCGCCGUCAAGCACGUGCUGGACUCCGGCUUUCUCACUGUCCUGCCUCGACCAGACCCCGACGGAAGGUACAUCCUCUGUCUGCGCCCAGGCCGAUGGAAAGCGGAGGAUUACCCCUUUGUGGACAACGUGAGGGCCGUGUACCUGACGCUGGAGAAGCUGGUCCAGCCGGAGGAGACGCAAGUCAACGGCAUCGUCAUCUUGGCCGACUACAGCGGCGUGGGCGUGUCGCAGGCCUCCGACCCGGGGCCUUUCCUGGCCAAGAAGCUGGUGGCCAUCCUUCAGGACGGCUUCCCCAUCCGCAUCAAGGCCGUCAACAUCGUCAACGAGCCUCGUAUUUUCAAAGGCAUCUUUGCCGUCAUCAAACCCUUCUUGAAGGAGAAGAUGGCCCAAAGGUACACGCUCCACAGCUCGGAUCUGCGCUCGCUGCAUCGUAAGAUCCCCCGCUCGGUCCUACCCGAAGAGUACGGUGGCACGGCGGCGCCACUGGACGUGCACGCGUGGUCUGGACUGCUGCUGGAAUCGGAGGAGGACUUUGUGGUGGAGUUCUGUCAACCGCUUCCCCCCCAAGAGGAAGCACCCUCAGACCGCGACGCUGAUGCCUUCAAGGGCUCGCGCUCGCAGCUCUACUCCUACCCUCCUCUCCAGCACGCCUGCAUAGACUUUACUGGAGAGGCUGAGGAGUGUGAUCCCUCUAUAAUUGGAACACACUCUCUGGUCCCCCUUCUUAAGAAGGGGGACCUGAAGAAGAGAGAACAGCUGUUGGACGACGGCGAAGACAGCGGGGAGCUCUUGUUUUCCUUCCGUCGCUCAUUUUCAGCUUCGGCUUCUUUGACUAGCUUCAACUUUAAGCGGGGAAGGGAAGGGAAUCCAUGCUGGAGAAAAAGGGCCAUUGGAACAAGUGGAGAAGAGGAGGCCGAGGGAUCAAGGUGUAAUGAGAGCACCGGUCACGGACAGAUGAUGGACGUGGAGACGUCGUACUCGGACUUCAUCAACUGCGAUCGCAGCGGGCGCAGGAACGCCGUGCCAGACAUCGCCGGCGAGGGCAAAGCGGACGCCGUCACCCAGGAAAUGGCCCGCGUUGACUUGAAGGAUACAGGCGAGCCUGAGGCAUCUCCGACCCCCGAGGCCGAGGGCUCCGCUGGUCAAGAGGGCCAGGGCGGCGGCGGUCCGUCCUAA